AGAGAGGAAACUCGGGCGGGUCACUCUGAUUUUCAUGGCUUCCUUCACUUUGCUCUCCUCUGCUUCUUCUACUAAAAAAAAUACUCUCUUCUCUUCUUUUUCUUCUCCUUCUCGUUGCUCCUCUCUCUAUCGCACAACCUUUGUUCCCAAACGAACCCGGACUCCCAACUUCGCCAUUAAUUGUGAAAUCAAUGAACCAGCGAAUGAGAAGCCUGUUUUGCCAAUCAUUAAUGAUGAGAUACUUCCAACGUUCUUGCAAGCCAAACGUUUAGAGACUGCCGUUAACAGAAAUAAUACCAAGCUGAAUCCCAAACUGAAGUUAUUUUCUGGAACUGCAAAUCCUUCACUUUCUCAGGAAAUUGCUUGGAACAUGGGGCAUGAACUGGGAAAUAUCACCAUCAAGCGCUUUGCUGAUGGUGAAAUUUAUAUCCAGUUGCAAGAAAGUGUUCGAGGAUGUGAUGUUUUCUUGAUUCAGCCCACUUGCCCUCCAGCCAAUGAAAACCUUAUGGAGCUCUUGGUGAUGAUAGAUGCAUGCCGAAGGGCUUCAGCCAAAAAUAUCACUGCAGUGAUUCCAUAUUUUGGAUAUGCCAGAGCUGAUAGGAAGUCUCAAAGUCGUCAAUCCAUUGCUGCCAAAUUGGUUGGGAACAUUAUAACAGAAGCAGGUGCAGACCGUGUUCUAGCUUGUGAUCUUCACUCUGGGCAAUCCAUGGGUUAUUUUGACAUUCCAGUGGACCAUGUAUACUGUCAGCCUGUUAUCAUUGAUUACCUUGCUAGCAAGAAGAUUUGUUCCAAUGAUCUGGUGGUGGUCUCUCCUGAUGUCGGGGGAGUUGCUAGAGCACGUGCUUUUGCAAAAAAGUUAUCUGCACCUUUAGCCAUUGUCGACAAAAGAUGCUCGGAGCACAAUCUUGCUGAGAUUCUGAACCUGAUUGGUGAUGUUAAAGGAAAAGUCGCAGUCAUGGUUGAUGACAUGAUUGACACGGCAGGGACUAUUUCCAAAGGUGCAGCACUUUUGCACGAGGAGGGAGCAAGGGAAAUUUACGCAUGCUGUACACAUGGUGUUUUUAGCCCCCCUGCAGUUGAAAGGUUGUCAAGUGGCUUAUUUCAAGAGGUUAUCACCACAAACACAAUUCCUGUGAUGGACAAACACUAUUUCCCCCAGUUGACUGUUCUUUCAGUUGCAAACCUUCUUGGUGAAACAAUUUGUCGCGUACAUGGUGAUCGUUCCGUGAGUAGCAUUUUUCAGUAGGCAGUAAUAUAUUCUUCUAUAUAGUAUUUCCGGCGUUGUUUGCCUUUGUAGUCAGGUAUAAACUAUUGACAUUUUCAGAAUAUUUUUAGAAGGGUUAAGGUAGAUAUGCAAAGAAAUUUAUCAAAUAGGAUCAGAUAGGCAAAUGCUGGAAGAAUGAUGUUUAUAGGAUGUGCAAUGAAUACAUUUGGGGAAAUUGUUUCUGUUCA